AUGCCUAGACAGACACAAGAGCAAUCCUGUUCCACUCAUUCGCUCAACUACAAGAUGUCUAUAGUGUCGUUGCUUGGAAUCAAUGUGCUGAAUAACCCGGCGAGGUUCAGUGAUCCCUACGAGUUUGAGAUCACGUUUGAGUGUCUGGAGCCCCUCAAGGAGGACCUUGAAUGGAAGCUCACGUAUGUCGGUUCGUCCAAGACACUAGAGCAUGAUCAGGAGCUGGAUUCAAUUCUUGUUGGCCCUGUUCCUGUUGGGAUCAACAAGUUUUUGUUUACUGCUGAUUCGCCGUCUCCUGAGCUGAUUCCUGCGUCAGAACUGGUUUCCGUCACGGUGAUUCUUCUUUCGUGCUCUUACAACGACCGCGAGUUUGUUCGUGUUGGCUACUACGUGAACAACGAGUAUGACUCCGAGGAACUCCGUGAGAAUCCACCCAGCAAAGUCCAGGUUGAUCAUAUAGUGCGCAAUAUCCUUGCUGAGAAACCCAGGGUGACGAGGUUCAACAUAGUCUGGGACAGCGAGAACGAUGGUGACGAGUUUCCUCCGGAGCAGCCCGAUGCGGACGAUGAGGAGCUUGAUGAUGAGGAAGAAGAGGAAGCGGAAGAAGAAGAAGAGGAAGAAGGUGACGAGGAGGAGGAGGAAGAGGAUGAAGAAGAGGAAGAAGAUGAAGAGGACGAUGAUGACAACGAGGUCGAUCUUGAGGCUGAUGACCAGAAGUCUGUGAAGAAGCGGAAACUGGAAGAAGAAGAGGACGACGAUGAAGAGGACGAUGAUGAAGAGGAUGAUGAUGAAGAAGACAUUGAGGAGGAAGAUGACGAGGCCACAACCACUCAGGAAAACAAUGAUGUGCCCACUCCCGCAGACGAUGCGCGAGAAUGA